AUGGAGAACGGCAACGGGAACAACCUGGCCAUCAACGCCGCCCAGUGGUCUUUGGCAGGGAAAACACUGGUCAACGGUGGCACCAAGGGAAUUGGAUACAAUUCUAUAAAAAUUAUGCAAAUUCGGGGCGACCGUCCAGUCCACACCUGCGCACGCAAAGAUGCGGAUCUCCACAAGUGCCUGCGCGAGUGGCAGGCGAAGGGGUUCAGGGUAAACAACGCAGGCACGGGGUUCGUGAAACCCAUGGCGCUCAUAACCCCUGAGGAGUACAAGUUCAUCAUGAGCACCAAUGUGGACUCUACCUUCCACAUGUCUCAGCUCGCCUACCCUCUUCUCAAGGAUUCCGGCGGCGGCGCCGUCGUCGAUAACUCCUCUCUCGCCGGCAUACUCGGAAUCGACAACUUCUCCAUCUAUGGCACCGCCAAAGCAGCUAGCGGUGAACCAGAUGACGAGGAACAUGGCCUGCGAGUGGGCGAUUGA